UUGGAUAUUAAGGACAUUUCAGAAAUGAUUCGUUGCUUGAAAUUUAUCUCUGUAUGGAUUACACUCGUUCCUCAACUCACAGAUGGCGGAAGUGUCACAUGGUUUGAACCUACUCCGGUUAAGACAACAUCGAAUCCAGCUGAAGUGCUCCCCGCUGGCAUUGUACAUGUUUAUGAAGGGUCUUCUGCCUCACUGAACUGGAGCUACAGUCUGACGUUAGGUCUAGGUCUUGGUGGCUUCGUAAGAUUCAGCAAUAUUGGCAUAGUCACCAUUAACUCAGAUGGUUCAGCUGGUCCUGUCAGAGAUAAUUUUCAGAAACGAUUCCGCGUGAGCUCAACUCCAGGAAGAAUUUCUCUGUCCAUCUCUGCAGUGACUGUGGCGGACGAUAUUGUUAAUGGAGAAUUUUCAUGCAUGUUACUUGAUUCCAAUGCUGAUACUUGGAAACGAGCAAUUCAAGUGCAAGUCCAAGCUCCAAUCAAUGUCACUGACAUAAUAGGUAAGCAAACUGUUCUUGAAGGCAACAACUUGCAGUUGACCUGUAUAGCAUUGGGCAGACCAGAACCAAACAUCACCUGGACCAAAGAGAAGCUAGGGAACAAUAAGGGAAAUACUGGUGUAGUUCAAGAAGGAAAGUUGCUGAAUAUAAGAAAUGUCAACAGGAAUGAUUCAGGAACAUUUACCUGUACAGCAUAUAAUGGUUUUGGUGAGGCAGAGAGCAGAACAGUUUAUGUGAAUGUUACUUAUCCAGCCAAGAUUGCUGAAUUUCAGCCUGAGUAUAUUGUUGGUUUAGAGCAGAGUGUAACUCUGAAUUGCAAUGCAGAAGGAAACCCUCCACCCACUCAUACUUGGACUCCAUGUGGCUCAGAACAAGUUUGUGACAAAAGUACUCUUAAUAUUCCACAAGUCCUUAAUGAUACCAGCUAUACCUGCAGAGUGGCCAAUGUACAUGGACAUGAUUCAAAAACUGCCAAUGUUUAUAUUGGAGGAAAUGUGAUUAACAUAACUAUUAUCACCACAAAUGAAAGAUGUGAAGAUGGAAAAUACAACAAAGUGUUAUUAGAGGAGAAAUUUAAAGAACUGCUUGAAGAUGUUUUUGCUGAUAAACCUGGCUAUGAAGGAGUGCAGUCAAUAAGUGUGAGGUGUGGCAGUAUAAUUGUUGACCUUGCGAUGAAAUUCUACUCCAAAACAAAGCAACAAGAUGUUAUUACAACACUUUAUGAUGCUAUGAAAGAUGGAAAGCUGGGAGAGUUCAGUGUGGGUGCCAUAAAAGGGAACAGGCCAGAUGUGGUAUCAGUAGAUGGAGGUGCUACAUCACCACCUGUUGGAUCCUCUGGGGAGUUUCCAAGUGGGACGAAAGCAGGUUCUGUAGGUAUAAUUGUUGGUGCAGUGUUUGGAUCAGUUGUGGCACUGACUGUUGCUGGAUUAUUAGUGUGGUGGGCAUGUAGGAGAAGGAGGCGCAACAGAAAAGGCACUGAAGAGGUGGCGACGAGCGGAAGAUCAUUUGGAAAUUCAAGCAAUGAAACAAGGAGAAGUACAAAUAUUGCAGUCAAAUUGCCUAAACCUUCUGAAAGCCAUUACAUGGCACUGGAUGACACAACUCGUUCACAAGUGACGGUAGAUACCAGUCCACUCAGCACUGAACAUAUCAGCGAGUAUGCCUCUCUUAAUCAAUACACGCGCACGCGCUCUUGGGAGAUUCCUAGAGAAAAUGUGACGGUGAGCCAGAUAGUUGGAAAAGGUGCUUUUGGACAGGUCGCCAAGGCAACAGCCGUUAAUUUACGAGGAAGAGCCAAGAAGACAAUUGUAGCUGUUAAAAUGUUGAAAGAAAAUGCUUCUGAAUCAGAGAGAAAGGAUUUGCUGUCUGAACUUGAAUUGAUGAAACAACUCAAACCCCAUCCUUACGUCAUCAAACUCCUGGGAUGCGUCACCAAAUCUGAUCCGCUGAUGGUGUUGAUCGAAUAUGUUCCUUUUGGGGAUCUGCUGGGUUACCUGAGGAAGAGCCGUGGAUUAAAUGAUACUUACUACAAAGACCCAGAUAUCAAACCACAAACAAAUCUGACGUCACAGCAGCUGAUGAAGUUCGCUUGGCAAAUCGCUGAUGGAAUGUCCUAUUUGUCGUCGAUACCAGUUAUUCAUCGAGAUCUUGCUGCUCGUAAUGUGUUGGUGGGAGAAGAGGAAACGUGCAAAGUGACGGACUUUGGAAUGGCCAGAGACGUGCAAAAGGACAACAUUUACGAAAGAAAAACCAGGGGGCGUCUCCCUGUAAAAUGGACUGCAAUUGAGGCGUUGCUUUACGGAAAAUAUUCCACGAAGAGUGAUGUCUUCUCUUAUUUAGGUGGUUCACCGUAUCCACGAAUGGAUGGAAGAAAAAUUGCAAACUUACUUCAAGAGGGAUACAGAAUGCCUAAACCAAAACAUGUGGAUGAUAAGUUGUAUGGCAUAAUGACAAAAUGUUGGAAAGACGACGCUAACUUGAGACCAUCUUUCGAAAAUUUGAGGAAAGAACUCAAAGAAAUGGAAAAUCAGCAUAAGGGGUUGAUAAACUUAAAAAAUUACGACGAUCGACUCUACGUUAAUGUUGACGAUCUAGCCGAGUAAGCGAGUCUCAAACAGGAAAGGAUGGAGCACUGACUAUUGCAGCCCCAUGAGAUCUUACAUAUUUCACAUUGACCCAUAUUUUUUGAUGAUAAAGCAAGUCUUAUAAACAAGCUGUCUAACAGCGAAGCGAGGCAAAGCAGCUUUUCAUAUUAUUAUUUUGAUAUAUAUUUUUUUAAGCUUUGGUCCUGAAAGGACAAACGAUUUUGUAUUAACGAGUUUAAAAAGCUGCAACCAAAUGUUUCCCCCUAGUGUUACAGCUUUACCGUAAUUGCUCUGGGGAUGAAGUGUUCAUAAUUUCAAAGUGUUUUUUUUUUCAAAAGCGUCGCAAAUAUAAUUCUAAUAUAAUAUGGUGAACAUGGUGAAUUUCUUGCGUUUACGCGACCCGCGUGGUUGAAGCAUAAUAAGAAACAGCCGUAUGAAUUAAGUUUCUGUUUGAAGAGCACUGUACGGGAGGAGGGCGAAGAGUUCGAGGAUCGAGGUUUCACUAAGAUCAGAAUUUAAAGUGAAAUUCUCAUAAUUUUAAUGUUGUGACAAAAGUAAACAGAUGGCUUGGUUUAAUUAAAAGUACUAUAAAGGGCAUAAUGAUGCAAUUAUAACGUUGAAAGCUCUCUACUGCUUCCUGGUCCGCUCUAAUCUAGAAUACUGCUCUGUGGUGAGGUCUCCCUAUACCAAGAAAAACUCUGAAAAACUUGGGGAGAAAAAAACAGAAAAGAGCUGCCAAACUUAUCUCAAAGACGGAACAUGAAUAUGAAACCCGAUUAAAGAAACUGAACUUAC